CACUUUAGUAAACUGGCGAAUUUUAUUGAUGGCUGGUCAGUCUCUUUCUCUGUUCUGAGUUUGGACGAGCCUUAAGGGGCAGAAAGCCCUAAUUGUUGAGAUUCGGCAGGGUCUUGGAUUUCAUCAGAUUUAUACAAUCCAUUACCGGUUAUCGUCAUCUGAUUCUAAAGUUCUUAGAUGCAGAUCGUUGCCUUUUGUGAGAUCUAAUUAUUUGGAGCCUGCAACAACAUGAGGCGGCUUUUUAUUACAAUACAAAUGGUGAUGAUACAAACUAGAAUAUGAGAGGUAGUAUUACUGCUGAGAUGUCACAUCAAGGGAGUGAUGUUGAUGAAGUGGUCGAUGAAUAUAAUAUUGGUGAAAUGGGUGAUAUGGAUGAUGAAGGGGAUGAUGAUUACCAUGGAAGAAGAGGGGAGUAUUCAGAUUCAGAUGAUGAAGAGUUCGAGCUAUCUAAUGGCAGGAUAACAGAUACUACUGCAGCACAAGCAAGAAGGGGAAAGGAUAUUCAAGGAAUACCUUGGGAUGGGCUAAACAUAACAAGGGAUCAAUACAGACAAACUAGACUAGAACAAUACAAGAACUAUGAGAACAUUCCUAAUUCCGGAGAAGCAUCAGAAAAGGGAUGUAAAGCAACUGAAAAAGGUGGCAAUUAUUACGAGUUUAGCUGCAAUAGUAGAUCUGUUAAAUCAACUAUCCAUCAUUUUCAGCUGAGGAAUUUGGUAUGGGCUUCAUCAAAGCAUGAUGUAUAUCUCAUGUCACACUUUUCUGUGAUCCAUUGGUCUGCAUUAACUCGGGAAAAAAAUGUAGUUAUGGAUGUUGCAGGACAUGUAGCGCCAUGUGAAAAACACCCCGGAAGUUUAUUGGAAGGGUUCUCUCAGACUCAAGUCAGUACGCUAGCUGUGAAGGACAAGCUGCUUAUAGCCGGUGGAUUUCAGGGGGAACUCAUUUGUAAAUAUUUAGAUCGUGAAGGAAUAACCUUUUGCUGCCGGACAACUUACGAUGAAAAUGCAAUCACUAAUGCUGUGGAGAUCUAUGACAGUAUGAGUGGUGCUGUUCAUUUCAUGGCAUCGAACAAUGAUUGUGUAGUUCGAGAUUUUGAUAUGGAGAAGUUCCAGUUGUCCAAGCACUUCCGUUUUGAUUGGCCGGUGAAUCAUACAGCAAUUAGUCCAAAUGGAAAACUUAUUGUCAUUGUGGGAGAUAGCGCUGAAGGAUUGCUAUUAGAUGCUCAGACUGGGAAGACCAUCCAAGAUCUUCAUGGCCAUGUGGACUACUCAUUUGCGUCAGCAUGGCACCCUGAUGGUUCCAUGUUUGCAACUGGCAAUCAGGACAAGACUUGUCGGCUAUGGGAUGUGCGCAACCUCUCCAGCUCCGUCGCCGUUUUAAGAGGCAACCUCGGAGCCAUACGAUCGAUCCGUUUUAGCUCUGAUGGUCGGUUCAUGGCCAUAGCAGAGCCAGCAGAUUUUGUUCAUAUUUUUGAUGUUGGAAGUGAUUAUAGCAAACGGCAAGAACUUGAUUUCUUUGGUGAAAUAUCUGGCAUGUCAUUUAGCCCUGACACUGAGUCUCUCUUUGUUGGUAUAUGGGAUCGCACUUAUGGCAGCCUCCUUCAGUAUAACCGGCGACACAACUAUUCCUAUCUUGAUUCCUUUUUUUGAGGUAAAAUUUAGCUGCAGGGUCUUUGAAGCUUGCUGCUGUAGAAUCAUCUCAGACUUGGCUUGUUUUGCCUUAGAAAGCAGUGCAGAUCAUAUGAUAUUAGUUCAGGCUUAGAGGUGGACGUGCCAAUGAUACUAGAAAAUCAUCUUUGUCUUCUCAAUAAUGUUGUAACCCUGCUGAAAUGUAUAAAGAAAUGUUGUACAGUAGUUCUUAGAGAGUGCCCUCGAAGUAGAAAUGAAAUUUCAUUGUAGAUUGAUCUGGGA